CGCUGCGCUGCCUGAGCCAGCGCCGUUUCCAGUUGAGAGAUGGCGGCCGCCGCAGGUAGAUCGCUCCUGCUGCUGCUCUGCUCCCGUGGCGGCGGCGGCGGGGGCGCCGGCGGCUGCGGAGCGCUGACUGCCGGCUGCUUUCCCGGGCUGGGCGUCAGCCGCCACCGGCAGCACCAGCAGCACCGGACGGCACACCAGAGGCCGGCUUCCUGGCAGAGCUUGGGAGUUGCAUAUUGCAGUACGGUUGUGCCCUCUGAUGACGUGACUGUGGUUUAUCAGAAUGGGUUACCCGUGAUAUCUGUGAGGCUGCCGUCUCGGCGUGAACGCUGCCAGUUCACACUCAAACCUAUCUCUGACUCUGUUGGUGUGUUUUUACGACAACUGCAAGAGGAGGAUCGGGGAAUCGACAGAGUUGCAAUCUAUUCACCAGAUGGUGUUCGAGUUGCUGCCUCCACAGGAAUCGACCUCCUCCUCCUUGAUGACUUUAAGCUGGUCAUUAAUGACUUAACGUACCACGUACGGCCACCAAAGAGAGACCUCCUAAGCCAUGAAAACGCAGCAACCCUGAACGACGUGAAGACGCUGGUCCAGCAGCUCUACAGCACGCUGUGCAUUGAGCAACAUCAGCUUAAUAAGGAGCGGGAGCUGGUGGAGAGGCUAGAGGACCUCAAGCAGCAGCUGGCCCCCCUGGAGAAGGUACGAAUUGAAAUUAGCAGGAAAGCUGAGAAGAGGACCACUUUGGUGCUAUGGGGUGGCCUUGCCUACAUGGCCACACAGUUUGGCAUUUUGGCCCGGCUUACCUGGUGGGAAUACUCUUGGGACAUCAUGGAACCAGUCACCUAUUUCAUUACAUAUGGAAGCGCCAUGGCCAUGUAUGCAUAUUUUGUAAUGACACGCCAGGAAUAUGUUUAUCCAGAAGCCAGAGACAGGCAAUACUUAUUAUUUUUCCAUAAAGGAGCCAAAAAGUCACGUUUCGAUCUAGAGAAAUACAAUCAACUCAAGGAUGCAAUUGCUCAGGCAGAAAUGGACCUUAAGAGACUGAGAGACCCAUUACAAGUACAUCUGCCCCUCCGACAAAUUGGAGAAAAGGAAUGAUCCAAGAUGAUCGUGAAUCCCGGCAGAGAGAGCACCUGUUUAUCAGAGGGCCAGUGUUCAUCCAUGAUACCAAACCAAGGAGGAUGCGGCGAGGUUUACAAAUUGGCUAAAAGUCAUGGCUUUGUAGCUGUUUCAGAACCAGGAUACUCUUCGGUGAUCCAAGACACACGCUUCCUCAUUGUGCGCCCUCCCAACUCUACCACUCCAGUUGCUGUAUAUCAAGGGUGCAUCUCAAAGGGUGCAAUUAUCUUUUUACAGGAAUACCUUUCUAUGGCUUCCUUUAGACUACCUUCUCCACCAUGUUUCUUUUUAUCUUAAUUACUCUUAUACUCUAUCAGAAUGUUUUCUACCACAUUUCCAGAUGGCACCUACACUCAAAAAUCAUAGGAACCUCUGUCUACUGUCCUGUUUUUUAACUGUUCUGGGGGCAGGAUGGCAAGAAUGAUGGGAGCUUGCCACACAGCUGAUUGGCUUUUUUCCUUCACAUGAUUCAUCCCUCCUCAUGGGGCAAGGGGUUUCUUUUUCCUCCUCCUCUUGGGAUCAUUGUGUACGAAAGACACACCCAGAUUGUGGAUGAAAGGACAAACCCAGACUCCAGGUGCCUUGCAGAGAUCGAAGGCAGCCGGGACUGCCGCUUUCGCCACCACCCUUAACUGGCAUGACAGAUGAAAGGAUGCAUGUCCCCAGCCCGCCUCCUCCUUCCUUCCUGUUGUUCAACCUCUCCCUCGUUUCUUUUCGUUGUGUAGAUUAUUUUUAAACCAUUUAUCCUGUUUGUGUGCAGGAUUCUUUGGAAGGAACGGCACAGUGCAAUGAGCAAAUCUUCUGGGUGGUGUGGGUGGCAAGGGGGGGCCCGAGCAAAAUGCAGAACACGUGUACAAUCCUGUAUCAUUUAUGAAAUAUGUAUAAAAAGCAAUGUACCUUCUGGAACAAUAAAUACUUAUUCAAUUUUUGAA